GUGGGCGGAGCCAGGGCACGGGUUUAUGCUGCGGUUGCCGUGCUGGAGCUGGCGAGAUCAAAGCCAGUGUCCUGCGUCGUGGAGCUUGGAGCGGUUCGUUAAGAAAAGUGACCAUGGAGAACAACGAAACCGCAGUGGAUUCCAAAUCCAUUAAUGAUUUUGAAGUAAAGACCAUACAUGGAAGCAAAUCAAUGGAUUCUGGAAUGUAUAUGGACAAUAGUUACAAAAUGGAUUAUCCUGAAAUGGGUGUGUGUAUAAUAAUCAAUAAUAAGAACUUUCAUAAAAGCACUGGAAUGACACCUCGCUCUGGUACUGACGUUGAUGCAGCCAACCUCAGAGAGACAUUCAUGAGCCUGAAGUAUGAAGUCCGGAAUAAGAAUGAUCUUACUCGUGAAGAGAUUGUGGAAUUGAUGGAUAAAGUCUCUAAAGAGGACCACAGCAAGAGGAGCAGUUUUGUUUGUGUGAUUCUAAGCCAUGGUGAUGAAGGAAUCAUUUUUGGAACCAAUGGGCCCGUUGACCUAAAAAAGUUAACUAGUUACUUCAGAGGUGACUACUGCCGAAGUCUAACGGGAAAACCCAAACUCUUCAUCAUUCAGGCCUGCCGGGGUACGGAGCUGGACUGUGGCAUUGAGACAGACAGUGCGACUGAUGAUGAUAUGGCGUGCCAGAAGAUCCCAGUGGAAGCCGACUUCCUGUACGCUUACUCCACAGCACCCGGUUACUACUCCUGGAGAAACUCAAAGGACGGGUCCUGGUUCAUCCAGUCACUUUGCGCCAUGCUGAAGCUGCAUGCACACAAGCUUGAGUUCAUGCACAUCCUCACUCGCGUGAACCGGAAGGUAGCGACAGAAUUUGAGUCCUUCUCCCAUGACUCCACUUUCCAUGCAAAGAAACAGAUUCCAUGCAUUGUGUCUAUGCUCACAAAAGAACUCUACUUUUAUCACUAAGAGAAUGAGUGGGAGGCAUGUUUCUGUUCCUUUUGUUUUGAAUGCCAAAUGAGGAAACCGUGUCAGGGAGACUUCAUUUCCCUCUCGUUUAAAUCAGAUGCGAUGCUCCAGAUGGUACUUUGAACCACACCGCCGCCCUAGCAAUGCAACCACAGUGCAGCUACCUCAAGUUCAACAUCAGGUAGUUGAAAUGGAAUUUAAUCAGGAACAAAAAAAUGUCGAUGUCAAGUAUCAUUAGAGAGGAAAUUACCGAUUUACCCUUUUGAUAAUUAGCAAGAUUUGGUGAUGCUAUAAAUUUUGAAAUAAUUAUGAAGUUAAACUUUGGGGUGAUAAUUUUAUACUCUCUAUACACAUUAAGAAUCUCAUUUUAGUUUUUGUUAAACUAUCGGUGGUGUCAAAUAAUGUCUUAGAACUUGAAUCCACGGGCGGAGUCAAAGGCUUGAACCUUUAUUUUGGAAGUGAUGUAUGGAAAUGAACUGUUAGGCCACCGUAGCACUCAUUGUAGCUACUGGGUAUGUGAUGUUUGUCCUGAGCAUGUAUUUGUUGUUUAAAAAAAAAUCAUGUUUUCUUACUGAACAAAACUUGAGUAUUUAUGUGAGAGGAAAACAUGAGCGAAUUGAGUUGACUCUCAGAGGCUAUACCAUACAUCAGUAGUGGACAUGACGGCAAGGUGCUAAGUCUACCAGCAUUUGUUUCUUACUUCUUCUUAUACAGAUCAGCUAGGUUUUACGGACCAGCUGAACAUCUAGUGGAUGGUUAUGUAACAGCCUCACACUGUUGAUUAUUAGAAUGAAAUAAAGAAAUUCUGCAGGAACAUACUAAAAUACCAGCUGUAAAAUAGAGUGUAAGGAGGUAAGUGAAUCUCCUGUGACUGGAGAAAGAUGGUUUGAGCCAGGGCAGACAUGGCAGAGCCACGGACACAGCUUCAGAAAGGACUGCCAGCUCGAUCCACCUCAUGGGUGCUCGUUUGCAUGGAUGAUGUCCCCAAGGUCCAGGUCACCGCGUGAGAAAUUGAGCCAGAUCAGAAACUUCUGAGAAAGGACUUUCCCAAAGUGGUGAGUCUCCAGAAAGAUUCCCUAGGCUCCAUGUCUGGAGUCUAACCAUGCUGGCUUUUCUGUUGGAGUUUACAAGAAAAGCAAACCAAUGGUGAUAUUUGUAUUGUCACCAGAAAUGAAAGGACCAUGGCACACAGGACUUGGGAAGCAUCCAGUUGCAGGCCCUGCAGCCCACGUGGGAAGCUGCAGAGUGGAGUCCAGCCCCUCAGAGAGGCUGUGCUCCAGGCUUCCUCAUUCAUGAAGGUGCUGAGCCAUUGCUGGCUAUCCUGAUGUGUCCAGCAUUUCACGUUAGCGUUCUUUUUGCUCAAAGAAAGGAAGGAACUCACAUAAUUGGUAGAAUCUCGUUUAGACUGGAUCUAUUAACUCCCAGUUAAUGUAGCAUGUGAUGGUGUUUUAAAGUGUGUUCCCGUGUGUCAAUUUUGUAAAAGUUUGUUGCAUUUUUAUUUCAAAACAUAAAAUUCGGAUUUAAAAUUA